AUGGCGCCCCAGAGCUCCGUUCCCGCCAGCAGCAAGGGCUCAUGGACAAGUUUCCUGAAGUCAAUCGCCUCCUUUAAUGGUGAUCUAUCCUCCUUGACUGCUCCUCCCUUCAUCCUAUCGACCACCUCCCUCACCGAGUACUCCGCCUACUGGGCGGAGCACCCCGCGGUCUUUGUCGCACCAGCCAAGGAGGCUGACCCGGCCAAGCGUGCUCUCCUCGUGCUCAAGUGGUUCCUCAGCACUCUCCACCAGCAAUACUGCAGCCGAAGCGAGAAGCUCGGCAGUGAGAAGAAGCCCCUGAACCCCUUCCUGGGAGAGCUGUUCAUCGGCAAAUGGGAGGGCGAUGCGGAGGUCGGCGAGACGAACUUGGUCAGUGAGCAAGUCAGCCACCACCCUCCGGCCACUGCCUACGCUAUCCGCAACGAGAAGAACGGGGUUGAGUUGCAAGGAUAUAACGCACAGAAAGCUUCUUUCUCCAGCACCAUUCUCGUGAAGCAAAUCGGCCAUGCUCUGUACACCCUCACCCCUCCCGGAUCGGAAGAGAAGGAGCAGUACCUGAUCACGCUCCCCAACCUCCACAUCGAAUCUCUGAUCUACGGCUCUCCCUUCGUCGAACUGGAAAAGUCCGCCAAGAUCGUGAGCAGCAGCGGCUACGUUUCCAAGAUCGACUUCUCCGGCAAGGGCUGGUUGAGCGGAAAGAAGAACACCUUCACCGCCAGCCUGUUCAAGGAAAGCGAGGGCGAGAAGAAGCCCUUGUACACAGUCGACGGCCAAUGGUCAGACAAGUUCACCAUCAAGGACGCUCGCAGCAAGGACGCCAUUGACAGCUGGUCCUCCAAGGAGAACCCCGUCACCCCACUCACCCUGGCCCCUCUUGAGCAGCAGGAUCUGUGGGAGAGCCGACGUGCCUGGAGCGACGUUGCCGCCAACAUCCAGAAGGGUGACAUGGACGCCGUGUCCGGGUACAAGUCUCGGAUCGAGAAUGCGCAGCGUGAGCUCCGCAGCGCGGAGAAGCAAGAGGGCCGCGAGUGGGAGCGUCGAUUCUUCAACCGAAUCGAUGAGAGCGGUGACAGCCCGCAGACUCAGAAGCUUGCCAAGGCUGCGGAUCUUGCCUUCGAGACUGAUAAGACUGGUGGCAUUUGGCGAUUCGAUGCUCAGAAGGCUGCGGGUGCCCAGCCGCCUUACCACAAGGUUGGUGGCGAGGGACUUGGGCUUACUGAGUAA